AGGAAAGACCCUUUUUUAUUCCUCCUUACGUCAGCCUUACUGCUCCUAAGUACCAGUGUACUUUACUUAGAACUCACUCUCACUUCACUUCAAAUAUCUUCAUUUGUUAAGUGUAAGAUCUCAUUGGAUGAAAUAGAAUCGAACUUUUGGAAUCAAAAAGUUGAAAUAAGAUAUCAUGUUAUAAGAAUGACAUGAGAGGGAAGCUUCCCUACAAACAACCUUCCACAUGGCUUUACCACGCCGCCUUCUCACCCUCACAUCCACCAAGCCACCACGUAUAAGGCCUAGCCUCAAUCAAUUCUCAUACUCAUCUUCAUUCUCAUUCUCACACUCACGGUCCGGUUUAGGGUCAGGCUUAGGCUUACCCCCCCACCGCUUCUUCAGCGCAGAAGCCGUCGCCGACCCCGCCAACAAAAUCCAGGUGUACAUCUCGCGGUCCACAGACCCGUACCUGAACCUGUCCAUCGAGCACUUCCUGCUCCUGAAGUCGGCCCCCAACACCGUCGUCCUGUUCCUGUACACAAACCGGCCGUGCGUCGUCAUCGGCCGCAACCAGAACCCCUGGAUCGAGGUGAACCUCAACCUGCUCAAGCACGGCAACGGCCUGGUCCCCUAUUACGAGGGCGGCAGGAAGCGGACGCGGGCGAAUGCGGAGGAGAUCCUGCUUGUCCGUCGUCGCUCGGGGGGCGGGGCUGUGUUCCAUGAUGCUGGAAACGUGAACUAUAGCGUUAUUUGUCAUCCUAUAGUGUUCAAUAGGGACAAGCAUGCUGAGUUGGUCGUCCGAGCCCUAAACUCCCUAGGUGUGGAGGGGGCUCGCGUCAAUGAGCGGCACGAUAUUGUGCUAGAUGUGCCUAUUCCUACCAAAGCUCGUACUCCUGGUCCCAAAUAUGUUCCUAAACCUGGUCCGGUUCCUGCAGACCAUGAUGCUGCUGCGGACCCUGCACCUAACCCUGCACCAACUGAUUCGGAUGCUACUCCUGCCGGUCCUAGCGCUGCUAACGCGGCCGAUCCUGCCGACCCUGUUGGCUCUGGUGCCUCUGAUGCCGCUAUUGCCGCCGCUACUACUGAUACUACCGCCGCCAGCACACCCGCCCGCGACAAAAAACCCAUCCAAACCUUCAAGAUCUCCGGCUCCGCAUACAAACUAACCCGCCAACGCUCCCUCCACCACGGGACCUGCCUCCUCGCCUCGCCCAACAUCGGGCUCGUCAGCGCCCUCCUAAACUCCCCCGCCGCACCCUUCAUCACUGCGAAGGGCGUGGGGAGCGUGCGCAGUCCCGUGCGGAACGUGUGGCCGCUUCCCGAAAACACCAACCACCACAACCACAGCAGCAAUGCCAAGGACAACAACGAAAUCAUAGAAGCGCGCAGGCUCGCGUUCGAAAAGGCCGUCGUCGCCGAGUUCGGCCGCAUGUACAAGCCCACGGAGCCCGUGAUCAUCUCGAGCGCCGAGGCGAGGGAGACGCUGGAUUUUAUACCGGAUAUCAUAAAGGGGUAUAAUGAGCUUAGGUCUCAAGAAUGGCUCUACACCCAAACCCCCACCUUCAAAUUCUCCACCGACGCCAUCCCCGGGGACCCCCGCCCCACCCCCAUCCUCCCCGUCUACAUCCCCCCCGGCUUCCACGCCGGCGCCACCAUCAAGCGCGGCCAGAUCGUCGAGAUGUCCGGCCGCUGGCUGCCCAAGUCCCUCAAGGGCACCCACCUGCACCGCGUCGCCGACUGGGCCGCCCACGUCGACGACCCCAGCGUCGCCCGGUGGCUCAACGGCCUGUUCGGCAUCGAGGCCGUCAAGAAGGCCGCCAGGGCCAAGGCCAGCGCCAUGCUGAGCGAGUAUCUGACGCUGGGCGGCAGGUUUGGCGGCAAGGGGGCCAGGGAGGGGAUGGGGAGUUUGGGGGGGAGGUGGUGAUGCAUCCGUGGAUGCUUACAUAGGUACCUACGUAUUACUGGGAUGGGGUAUCUGGGAACUUGCCUACCUACCGACGCAAAGGAAUAGGGGCAAAAGAAUCAAAAGACAGCCUUACUUAGGUGAUAUAUACCAUCAUCCCUGUAUUUAAAAGGCUAGACAUACAUAAGACAUGAAAAUCUGUACCAAGC